AUAUUUCAAUAUUUAAUAAUAUUUCAGUCCACAAUUCACUGCUAUAUAUGUAUGGAUAAUACGAUACAAGAUCCUUUAUCCGAUUGUAAAAAUCAAGUGUCGCAGGCUUGCCUGCUAGAAUCGGAUAUGUUCUGCAUGACUCGACAAAUGCAGUUAGCUAAUGGUAUUUUCUUUCAUUCGAUAUUUUCAAGAGUGAAUAAAACCAAGAGAUUUCGCUCUUUAAGAGAAGAUCGAAUUAAAGUACUCAUAAAUAUUUUGUUUUCCUCUUCUCUUGCUUGUAUGUCCAAAAACUUAUUCAAACGGAAUUAUCCAGAUGAAGAGUUGAAAUUUGGCUGUUCAGCUGCAUCUGAUCGAUUAAUUGCUUAUUGCACUUGCACUGAAGAUUUUUGCAAUGCAGAUAGCAUCGUUGUUCAAGCAAAAAGAAUAGGCUUUGAUGAUGGUGCUAUAUCAAGCGUUCUUCCAUUACCAACUCAAGAAAACACAGUAAUUGAAUCGGUUGCCACGAAUGAUAACACUAUAGAACAUUGGAAUGAGAAGGUUAAUUCGAUUUUUAUCUUAUCAAAAAAAUACUUCAAACUUGGCGUUAUCAUAAUUUAUAAAAAUAUUGGCAGUGAACCAUUUUAG